AUGACUACAGAGCUCAAGGCUAUUCGCAAAAAGCGGACCACGGAGGCUAAACCUACUUCUGACGGAGACCAUCGCAAGCGUCGACGCAAUCGUACAACUCAGUCAUGCCUUAAUUGCCACACAUCCAAGAGAAUGGUACCGUCCUUGUGGCCGCUGUACACAACUAGGUUUGGCCUUUGUGUCUAUGAAGUAGACGAUCCUUCACAGCGAACCGAAGUUCAAGACGAGGGUUCGCGCCUUCGUCAACGAGUGGCCGAGCUCGAGGGAGUGAUACGUGAGUUGAAGAACAAGCCCCAUCCUCGCUGGGUUCAAGCGGGCUCGACCCCAGAAGUAGAAUUUGAGAGGUGGCAUACCCGGUCUCAGUCUCGUUUGACUGCUGAGCAGCAACAGACCGAACAACAAACCAAGACAAAAAGCACAUCUUCGUCUAGCGCCUCUCCAUCCCGCACUACUUGUUCGAUAUCAAGCCCUACGGAUGAGUCGCAUCCGUCUCCUCAGCCCCCAUCCCCCUCGCACGCACGUCCUGCCUUGACUUUUCCCCAACCACCUGCCGACUUGACAAACACAUCCGCGUCAUACUUUCCUUACUUCAGUAACAUAUCAUCUCCCUUGAGCACACCCUCUCCUCCUAUAAUGACGCCGACAGAUGAAUACGCGCACACUCAAGCUCUUGUUGUCGGAGAGCAACCACUCGCCGGAGAAUUUGACCUUGCUUCUAUUUUCAUGUCGUAUCCGGGUUUGAUUGGAUGUGAAGAUAACCUGGGACAUAAUGUUAUUACCGGUCAUCUCGACGAUACCUGCCGGUCUAAUCAUUGCCGCAAUAUUUCUGCACACAGUCAUUGCGGCUGCCUGACCGAAGGAUCGAGCUACAAUGUAGUGCUUGAGCUUUCUCUUCGCUUGCGUAAAGCGGCGGACAUCCUAAGCCGGUCGGCAUAUCACCAUCUUGGAUCCAAUAAUUGUGCCCUUAAUCAACGAAUUAUGGAACUCGACGGUCUUGCUACGACGACACUAGGCAAUAUUACUACACCACCUAACGAUGUCAAUCAAACAUGUCCUCAACAACAUCCGCUCUCUCAUAAAUUCAUUCCAUCACCAUCUGCUUUUGGUACAGCAUCGAGCCGCACUAUGCCUGCUUUGUCAGUCUCUCCACAGACUCUGCAAGGAAUUCCCUCCUGGGAUAUAUCAUCCGUGUCGGAUUCAUCACCUAUUUGCGAAGACUCCUUUAUGUCAUGGGAGCCUUCGCGACGUGGCUGA